CUGCAAAUCGUGUGGGCUGCUCGAUAGUGGCUUUACUUCUCCAUUAUUUUUUCUUAGCUGCCUUUUGCUGGAUGCUUCUAGAAGGCUAUCAACUAUACCUGAUGUUGAUCCAGGUGUUUGAACCAGACAAAACACGCAUCCUACUGUACUAUCUAUUCUCAUACGGUUUCCCAGCCGUCGUCGUAGGUGUCUCAGCCGGUGUCGCAUGGCAUAACUAUGGCACUGAUCAAUACUGUUGGAUAAAUACGUCGUCACCAACGUUGUGGACUUUUAUCGUACCAGUUAUCGUUGUUAUUUUGGCAAAUGUGAUUUUCCUCGUCAUUGCUUUGCGAGUAGUGCUUUCGGUGAAAAGUCGAGAUCGCAACAGGACCGACAAGAUAUUCGGGUGGUUGAAGGGUUCUGCCACAUUAUUAUGCUUACUUGGUGUCACUUGGAUAUUCGGCUUUCUUACGGCUGUUGGCAGCGCCGGAGGUGUUGUAUUUGCUUGGAUAUUUACUAUCCUAAAUUGUUUACAAGGUGUCUUUAUCUUCAUCCUGCAUGUGAUUCUCAACGAAAAAGUGCGAUUAACGAUAGUGCGCUGGUUGAGAAGUGGCGUUUGCUGUCUACCUGAUAAGACUAGUGCUGAUAAUAGCAGGGAGUAUAUUAGCAGCAGACAUCGCAUAAUGAAUAUGGUAAAAGCAAAUUAUAAUAGUGGUAGUAGCCCGGAUACGGCUAGUACAGACGACAAAGAGAAGCAAAUGACACCAACAAGUAAGACCCAGGACUGGUUACGACGGCUUACAGCUGAAAACCACGAAAUAAGUCCUUUGUCAUCACCACAAUUCACGGAUGAUGUAGAACCCAGCACUGAAGAUCGAAUCAGCAGCUAUUCAGAUCCACGAGGAUCACAGCUGGAUGGUCUUGGAGAUCCCGUAGGAAAGCAAGCGCCAGUGAAACGAAAGAAAUUUCCACUUGGAGCCACCGAGCACGAACGCGGUUCCAAGCAUGUGGUCGUGGAACGGUUCUGAUUGGUCAGCUCUGCCUUUUCGAU